CCCACUAUCGCCACUCUUGAAGAUAAAGAGAGAGAGAGAGAGAGAGAGAGGGACAGGGAGAGAUUCGAAGCGAAGGAAACCCAAAAAGCCAAGAGCCAAAGGCCGGAUCUCGACCUUCCCCGGCGCCGGCGAUGUCAACCUCGCCGCCGCCCUCCUCCGCCGCGCCGCCGCCGACCUCNUCCCCAUCUGCGCCGCCUCCCGCCGCCUCCUCUCCUCCUCCGACCACCUCCCCUCCGCCGUCACCUCCGGCUCCCUCCUCCCCUCCCCCCUCCUCCUCCCCUCCCCCGUCCCCAGCUACCCCGGCGAAGCCGUCGACACCAUCGAACUCUUCGUCUCCUCCCCCGCCGCGGGGGGCGUCGUCGUCCCCGCCGCCGCCCUCGUCGGAGCGAUCGCCGCCGAGGGCCCUGUCACCGCCGUCGCCGCCCUCGUCGGGGAGCUCCAUCUCGACCCCGCUCGUGGUGGGAGCCGCGGUGGGGGGGUUGGUGGUGCUGUUGCUGGUGAGCUUGAUGUGCGUCUGCUGCUGCAGGAAGAAGCGCCGCCGUCCGCCGCCGUUGCUUCACUACAGUGCCCCUCCUCCGCCGCCUCCGCCGCCGCCGCCAUACAAGGAUGAUCCAUAUGGCGGACAGUACCAGAAUUGGCAGCACAAUGCUCCCCCUCCUGCAGGCCAUGUUGUCCAUGCACCUCCGCAUCCACCUCCUCCGCCUCCAUUCGCAGCCCGCCCACCUCCACCCCCUCCUCCUCCGCCGGUGAUAAGCAGUAGCGGUGGUUCUGGCUCCAAUUACUCUGGCAGCGAGGUACUCCCUCCACCGUCACCUGGUGUUGCCCUUGGAUUUGGAAAAAGCACUUUCACAUAUGAAGAAUUGGCGGUGGCAACUAAUGGGUUUUCCGAUGCUAAUCUUCUUGGCCAAGGCGGUUUUGGUUAUGUGCAUAAAGGAGUCCUUCCGAAUGGUAAGGAAGUUGCUAUCAAGCAGUUGAAAGCAGGGAGUGGGCAGGGUGAGCGGGAAUUUCAGGCAGAGGUUGAAAUUAUCAGCCGUGUGCACCAUAAACACCUUGUUUCACUGGUUGGCUACUGUAUUUCUGGUGGUCAGAGGCUUCUUGUGUAUGAGUUUGUUCCCAAUAAUACGUUGGAGUUCCAUUUGCAUGGGAAAGGCCGACCGACAUUGGAUUGGCCCACAAGAAUGAAAAUAGCUCUGGGUGCUGCGAAGGGAUUGGCAUAUCUUCAUGAGGAUUGCCAUCCUAAAAUUUUUCAUCGUGAUAUAAAGGCAGCUAAUAUUCUUCUUGAUUAUAAAUUUGAAGCCAAGGUUGCAGAUUUUGGACUUGCAAAGUUUUCUUCUGAUAAUAACACUCAUGUUUCCACCAGAGUAAUGGGUACUUUCGGGUACCUGGCGCCAGAGUAUGCAUCCUCUGGAAAGCUCACAGAUAAAUCUGAUGUUUUCUCUUUUGGAGUGAUGCUACUUGAGCUAAUCACUGGACGGCGACCUGUUGAUCCUAGCCAAAGUUUCAUGGAUGACAGCCUGGUUGACUGGGCAAGGCCUUUGUUGACUCGAGCUCUUGACGAAGGCACUUAUGAUGCCCUAGUUGAUCCACGGUUGGGAAAGAACUACAAUCCCAGUGAUAUGGCGUGCAUGAUUGCGUGUGCUGCUGCUUGCGUUCGCCACUCUGCAAAGCGUCGGCCAAAGAUGAGUCAGAUUGUUCGGGCCUUGGAAGGAGACGUGUCUCUUGACGACUUAACUGAAGGAAUGAGACCUGGUCACAGCCGGUUCUUCGGAUCGUACGGUAGCUCGGACUAUGAUUCGGUCCAGUAUAAUGAGGACAUUAAGAAAUUCAAGAAAAUGGCGUUCGUAAGUCAAGAUUAUGCUAGCAGUCAAUACAGUGCACCGACCAGCGAAUAUGGUCAGAACCCAUCAGGAUCAAGCAGUGAAGGCCAACCGACUCAAGAAAUGGAAAUGGGGAAGACAAAGAAAGAUAGUCACGGAUUUGACCGAGACUCUUCAAAUUUCUGAGAUUUUGAUAAGCUGUAAAGUUUGAUUUUACCCCAAAACCCGUAAUCCUGACUCGUUCGUGUGGAAGGAUGAUAGCGUGAGCGAUAUGUAGUUUUUCGUAGGAUUGAGAUGCUUUUCUUUCACCUUUUUGAUCUUCUACAUUAAUGUAUGUGGCUUCUAUUUGCGAUAUUCUGAAGAGCUAGCUGAUGAUUCUUUUCAUUGUGAAUAAAUGGUCCCAGGUGGUUUUCUUACA